UAGCGAACAUGUCUGCACAACUCCGCGAGGUGUUUGCGCACUGCAAAUCUCAAGGUCGACCGGCAUUCGUUGCCUUUGUCACUUGCGGAUUCCCGACCGUCCCCGAGUUCAACGACGUCGUGCUGGGUCUGCAGCGCGGUGGCGCAGACAUUAUUGAGAUUGGCGUGCCAUUCAGCGACCCGAUCGCAGAAGGACCCGUCAUCCAAGCGUCCAACAAGGUUGCCCUCGAGAACGGCGUCGGAUCGCUUGCCAAGUGCAUCGAGCUCGUCAAGGGCGUCCGUGCCGCCGGUGUCACCGUCCCGCUCGUGUUUAUGGGCUACUUUAAUCCAUUCUACGUCCAUGGAGUCGAGCGCUUUAAUCCUUUCUACGUCCAUGGAAGUCGAGCGCGCCGUGGCGGAGGUUGCCCGACGCGGGCAUCAACGGAAUUUAUCAUUUGUGGAUUUGCCACCGGAAGCAUCGCCCGGGUUUGUCGGCGCGUGCGGCCAGCACGGUCUGUCCAUGAUCCCGCUUGUCACGCCCACAACGACCGUCGAGCGCACUGCAAAGCUCGUGGCCAACGCCGACUCGUUCGUCUAUGUUGUGUCCAUCACGGGCGUCACUGGCGCGCGCGAUAACGUCAGUGCCGACCUCCCCGCGCUUGUGGCGGGCAUUCGCAAGCUCACGAGCGUUCCGCUGGCGGUUGGCUUUGGCAUUAGCAAUCGAGAGCAGUUUGAGAAGGUCUCUCACGUUGCCGAUGGCGUGGUCAUUGGCUCGGCCAUCAUCAAGCUGCUCCUCGCAACGCCUACAGCCGGCGAAACGCACGCUUCGCGUGUCGAACAGUAUGCACAGUCUGUGACCCUGCGCACUGACGCUCAACGCCACCCGGUGGCGCUCGCCUAUCGCCGAACGACCGAAGCCAGCGCGCAACAGCAACAACAACAACAACAUCAGCAACAUACUCAGCAUCUCGCCCCAUCCACACCCGACUUUUUCGGCGCAUUCGGCGGUCGCUAUGUGCCCGAGACGCUGGUCCACGCGCUGGACGAGCUCGAGCGCGAGUACAACAAGGUCAAGGACGAUCCGUCCUUCCUCGCCGAGAUUGCCUCCUUUUGCGACUACGUGGGCCGCCCCAGCUCCUUGCACGCGACCGACCGCUUGGUGGACUCCACCAAGGCUGCCAAGAUCUGGCUCAAGCGCGAAGACCUCAACCACACUGGCUCGCACAAGAUCAACAACGCGAUCGGCCAGGCUCUGCUUGCGAAACGGCUUGGCAAGACACGAAUCAUUGCCGAGACGGGCGCAGGACAACACGGUGUUGCCAGUGCCACCGUGUGCGCCAAGCUCGGUCUCGAGCUGGUUGUGUACAUGGGCGCCGAUGAUGUCAAGCGCCAGUCCUUGAAUGUGUUCCGCAUGGAAAUGCUUGGUGCCAAGGUCGUUGCCGUCACAGCCGGAUCGCGCACGCUGAAGGACGCAAUCAACGAGGCAAUGCGAGACUGGGUGACCAACAUUCGCAACACGCAUUACCUGGUUGGCUCGGCGAUCGGCCCUCAUCCCUUCCCAACAAUUGUGCGCGAUUUCCAGUCCGUCAUUGGUCGCGAGAUUAAGGAGCAGAUGCUCAAGUACACUGGCCGCUUGCCCGACGCCUGUGUGGCCUGCGUUGGCGGAGGCAGCAAUGCCAUUGGUACAUUCUACCCCUUCAUCAACGACCCGUCUGUUCGACUUGUUGGUUGCGAAGCUGGCGGUGAAGGUGUCGACACCCCUCACCACUCUGCCACUUUGGUCGCCGGAACGCCCGGCGUUCUGCACGGAACUCGCACGUAUCUGCUCCAGGACGCUGCCGGUCAAAUCCAAGAGACGCACUCGAUCAGCGCGGGUUUGGACUAUCCCGGUGUCGGUCCUGAGCACGCUUGGUUGAAGGACACUGGUCGCGCCGAGUACGUGGCCGUCACCGACCGAGAGGCGCUGCUGGGCUUCAAGAAGUUGACCCAGCUCGAAGGCAUCAUCCCAGCGCUGGAAUCGUCGCACGCCAUCUUCCGUGCCAUCAAGCUUGCUGAAGAGAUGGGUCCUGGCAAGAACAUUGUCGUGUGCUUGAGCGGUCGUGGUGACAAGGACAUUGACACUGUCCGAUCCUCGCUCGCCAAGUUUGGGUGCUCGCUUCGCAUGCGCUCUGCGGACGAUUUGGCCUAGAUCUCGAAGCGUUUGGUUUUGGUUGUUGUUGUUGUUUUGUGGCUCGAGCGAUUCGCUUUUUUUGUUUGGUGGUGUUGAUGCUUCCCGCUUUUUCAGUACAUGCAUUCAUGCAUUUUCUUCGUUUCUCA